AUGCUGCGGCGGCUGCGGUGGGCGCUGGCGGCCGCCUGGCGAUCGGCGCCGGACCGCCGGGGCCCUGCGCGGCGCCGUGGGGGACAUGAGGCGAUCCCGGGCGCUUGGGGGCGUUCGGGAGGAAGGGAAUGGGUGUCGCAUUACGGCUCCCUGCAAUAUGCGCGCCAAUCGCAGGCGCCGCCUGUGUCGGGCUUCCAAGAGGAGGAGCUGCGCAAGCUGCUGGGCGUGCUGGUGCGCCUCGAGGACAAGCGCCCGGGCGGGGCGGACGAUGCCAUCAAAUUUAAUUUCGGGGGCGUGCGGAUUGAUGGCGCUCUGCGCGAUGCCCGGCCAUCGGCGGGACAUGCGGACCCGGAGGAGGACCCGACGGAGGGACUGCUGAGGCGACAGCGGGCGCUGGAGUGCAGGGCGCUGUUCGACGCGGUGGAGAAGUACAAGCGGGCGCUGAGCAGCGCACGGGAGAGGGAGAUGCUGGCGGCGAUGCCCACCGCGCGGCGGAUGCUGGUCGAGUGGUUCGGCCCGCUGAGGGACAGCAUCCGGGAGCAGCAGCAGCGGUACAUUGAUGCAAAGAUCUACAACUAUGGGACCAGUCAGCAGGCACCCAUUUUUGUGCUCCUGCCGCCUGAGGAGCUGGCGGUGUUGACGAUGCAUUCACUUUUGAGCGCCAUAUUCAGAGGCGAUGAAGCAGAUGGUGGCAGUCAAAUCAGCUUUGUCCGAGCAGCAAAGAAAGUCGCCAGAUCUGUUCAGAGCCAGGUGACACUUCUGCACCUUAAAGCCAAAAUUGGCAUUGAGAACAAGAAGCGCAGGGUAUUGAACAGGUUGAAAAAGCAAAUCGAUGAAGGAAAGGAGGAGACUGAAGUGAUCGAAUCCCAUGGGCUUGAUGAUUGGGAGGUCGCUAUGCUCAAGUCUGCCUUGAAACUGCAGCAGAAUCUGAGAAUGGUGAGGAACCGUUGGAACCAGCCAGGGGUGACAAUGCACGAAGUCAAUAAGCAUGCCUACAAGCUGCCAAGCGAUGUGGCAAACUGGGAUGAGCGUGUCAUGUUGAAGGUGGGGGCGUCACUGAUCGACAUAUUUCGGAAAGUGGCCACCAUCAAGGUCCACAAGCCAACUAAAAGGGGUGGUUACAACAGCAUGGAGCCAGCCAUCACCCACGAAAUCCAGUGGACGAGAUAUGCAUACGGGCUUCGGUGUAUUGGAUUGCUUAAAUGCCAUCCCAAGUUAGUGGAAUGGGUUGAGAGUGAAGACUUGCAUCCAGCCAUCGCGCUGGAGCGUGCGUCCCCAAUGCUGGUUCCACCAAGACCGUGGAGGAGCUGUAUGGACGGUGGCUACCUCACCAUCAAGUCGUGCGUUAUGAAGAACAAAGGGGAGAAGGAACAGAUGGCAGUGCUGAAAAAAGCCGAUGAGUACCUAGGGCAAAGCGGUGGCCCCAAUGCAGUUUAUGAAGCCCUCAAUGUGCUGGGUAACACACCAUGGCAGAUCAACAAAGAGAUGCUCAAGAUUGUCGAGACCGUUUGGGCCAAUGGCGGAGGCAUGCUGGAUUUGCCAUCCAAGGAGAAUCUCCCCAUGCCUGUCUUGUUGCCGCCCCAGUAUCGACUACUGGCUGCUGAUGGAGCCCUGCAUGCAAGGUAUGCAUACGAGUCCCGUGCUGAGACUUACAACAGGAAGCUGGCGGUGAAGCGCAUCCGCAAAAGAAACCGUGAGCUCCACUCUAUGCGAUGCGACUUGAAUCUCAAACUAUCAGUUGCCAAGGAAUUCCAGGAUGAGGAAGCAAUAUACUUUCCACACAGCAUUGAUUUCAGGGGUCGAGCUUACCCUAUUCCACCACACCUCAACCACCUUGGUUCAGAUGUGUGCCGCAGCUUGCUGCAGUUUGCAGUAGGCCGCCCAUUGGGCCCUUCAGGCUUGGACUGGUUGCUAAUUCAAGUUGCCAACUUGUACGGGCAAGGUGCAGACAAAUUGCCACUGCACGGUCGCCGAAAAUUUGGGGAGGAGCACCUGGAGAUGAUAAUAGACUCUGCCGAAAACCCUUUGGAUGGCAUGCAGUGGUGGAUGCAGGGCAGCGAGCCCUGGCAGCUCCUAGCAACCUGCAAAGACGUGAGGAAUGCCUACGCAUCUGGUAAUCCAGAAACAUAUUGCAGCAAGAUGCAUGUGCAUCAGGAUGGCUCAUGCAAUGGUCUGCAACAUUAUGCCGCUCUUGGCCGUGAUGAAAAGGGAGGCACUGCCGUAAAUCUUGUCCCAGCGGAUGCCCCGCAGGAUCCCUAUACCCAGAUCUCGCACAUUGUCCAAAAGCGCGUUGUCUCGGACGUCGCUAAGGGCCUGUGGCCUGCACAGAGCUUGCAAGGCCAGGUUGACAGGAAGUUGGUGAAGCAGACGGUCAUGACAUCAGUGUAUGGGGUGACGUUCGUUGGUGCUCGGGAUCAGAUCGCCAACCGCUUGCAGGAGCGUGGGUGGGAUGAUGAGCACACCGUAUUUCGCACCUCCUCCUAUGCUGCAACAGUCACGCUGGACGGCUUGAACCAGAUGUUCAAGAGCGCAAAGGAGAUCAUGAGGUGGUUGGGACAGUGCGCCAGUCUUAUCGCUGACCGCAACAAAACUGUCAUGUGGCGCACCCCUCUGGGUCUACCAGCCACUCAGCCUUACAAGAGAGAGGGCUCGACCUGUGUUCGAACUGUUCUGCAGCAGUUGCGGUUGAGCGUUCCGCUGGGGGUGAGCGCCCCCGUGCAGAAGAGGCGUCAGAAGACGGCUUUCCCACCAAACUACAUCCAUUCGCUGGAUUCAACACACAUGAUGAUGACGGCACUCGGGUGCCAUGAGGCAGGGAUCGAGUUCGCAGGCGUCCACGACUCGUUCUGGACGCAUGCUGGGACGGUGGACUCCAUGAAUGCUAUAUUAAGGGAGAAGUUCACCGAACUGCACAGCAAGCCGCUUCUUCAGAUGCUACGAGACGACUUGCAAAGGCAGCACCCGGGUGUCGACUUCCCCCCCGUGCCGCCCCAGGGGAACUUGGACCUUGAUGCCAUUCAGAAAUCGGUCUAUUUUUUCAGUUAG